UCAACUGACACCUCCCAAUGGAAACGAGACAGAGGAUGUUCGGUUCAACUAGUCAAUUCAUCGACGCACCCGAACUUGAUGCAGCAGGAGAAAAGCAACAGCUCCGGGACCAAGCUGAAUUGGUCAUCCAGGGCUUCGAUCGUCUGGCUGAGCACAAGCUAGGUUGGUCCAGCGAAGUAGCAACAGAUCUCUCAAUCGGCCGAUUACGCGCGAAGGAAGGUCUCUUGACUCGGUUGCAUUCCAGCUUUCUACCCACACUCCAACACCAGAUUAUCAGCCUUUCACGCGCGCUCGACCCAUCCGAUUUACGGAAAGACCCAGCCGCGAACCUGACACUCAUCUUGAAUAUUCAAGCAGGACUGGAUAGCACGUUGGAUCAGAUUGUUCGAACCCUUGACGACCUCAUGCCCGGAAAAGUGCCCAAACCAAGCCAAGCAAAUGACCAUCACUACGGUGCAUUGAAAUUCUAUAGACUCCACGGUCUGGAUCAGUCUAUCCGAGCAGAAUUGAGGAUUCAGCUCCUGCUUUUUUAUAGCGAGUCCUCCACGAUUAUCAAAGAAGUACUCCAGCUCACAACAUACUCGCAUGCUUUUUCUAGCGCUCUGGAAAAGUCGAUCGAUUCAGCUAUCAAAUGGAUAACGGGAUCCGACUUGAAUCUUAUUUGGGAUGCUUGGAAAAUGGGAAUACAAACACUAGAUAUGGGAUGGGAUGACCUAUUAGACUUGUCCCGUCCAAUACCAAUCGGAGGAGGGGGUCAAAGGCGUCGCCAGUCAGCCAUACAACUCACUCGGUCGACCAUACCAAUCCUCAAACUAUCAAAGCUAUUUUUUCAAAAAUUAUCAAGAGAGUUGAAGAAGAGAGAUCUGCCAUUAUUUACAGAGAUGUCUUCUCAACAACUGGAAGUGUUAGAUAAGUCUGCCGAAACGAUCAAUCAUGCGGUUUCUGAUUUGUUGUGCCCCCUGGACGAAGCUGAUGAAUCUCCCCGAGCCGAUACUACUCGUCGUUUAAUUCAAGCAAUUGAGCAGAUCUCUAGUCGGUUUCAAGGCUAUGUACUUCUUGUAGUCCUCUAUGUGAUCCCAUUGUUUCCAGACCUCCAUGACGUCUCCUCUCGAAUAUAUUUUAGCAAUUGGUUCAUUACUUGGAACAUUCUGCUCUUUUCAACUACCGAUAAUGCCAUCAAAGCUGCCCGGCUCUUUGAACGAGAUCAUCCAUGAGAUUUUUUUAUUUGCCUUCUCCCCUUCAGCUUGAUCCAUCUUGACACAUUGAAAGAACGUGUGCUACUGAAAAUCUGAUAAUAUGUAGUACUGCCAGUCCCCUUCCUUUGUGGUCAAUGAGAAAUGAGUCUGCUUUUCACAAAGUAGAGAUUGCUC